AUGGGCAGCUCUCAAAAUGGCGGGGUUUCCACGGCCCAUGUCAAUAUGAUGACGGACACCAUCAUCGCUAACCUCCCGGCUGACGGUCUUCGCGUGGUGGUUAGGUCACUUCUCGUCUUAUUUCCGGGAAUUACGGGCGCAUUUGAACAGGAGACGAAAAAGUACAUUACGCAGAAAGUCGCGUCUUCGAUAAUACCAGAAGAUGCGAAUCCUAGUCUCGUGGACCUCGGAAAGACGCAGCAGAUUGCUCGCAGUAUGUUGGGCUGUGGACUUUCCUUUCAAAGCCUUGAGCUAUUCCAAAAUCUAGUCAUUCAAGGAGCUGCCGUAUUGUCAAGGACAAAUGACAGCGACCUUUCUAGUCUGGAAAUAUUUCUUGCCAGUGUGGACGGUGAUAUUGUACAAGCCAUGACUGCUGUUCAGAAAUCCCUUUUUAUAGAUACCGGCGCGCGGGUAAUGAAUGAUGGAGAGAAAAGCAUGGUAAAGGGCCUCCAUCAGUCGAUUAUUGACUGCCAUGACGCUCUAAAGAUAACAAAUAGGGACUUCCCCUUUGGAAGAAGCCUGGUCUCAACGGCUGGGAUUCUUGGCCUACCCCGGGCUGCUCUUCCAGAUGCGAGCCAGCAACUUUACAAUCAGAUUGCUGUAGCACAGCCUCCCCCACAAGCCCAAGAGACAUUUCAGUUGAAUGGACGCAAUGUGCCUCGGAUAUUUUCAGGGCUUUGGCAGAUGUCGAGUCCUGCUUGGGGCGCUGCAUCCACGUCUAAAAUCGUAGGGCAGUUCUCAAAACAUGUACAGCAAGGUUUCACGGCAUUCGACAUGGCUGAUCACUAUGGGGAUGCUGAAAUUGUAUUUGGCCGCUUUUCAUCGCUGUAUCCUCAUAAAGACGCAAUAUUCACAGCAACGAAAUACUGUGUUUUCCAUCCAAUGGCUGUAUCUCGCGAAGCCGUGCAAGCUAAUGUCAGCGAGAGAUGCCGACGGCUACAAACAGAAAAGAUUGAUUUGCUACAGUUCCAUUGGCAGUUUUACGACAACCCUGACUACCUAAAGGCUCUCCAAUUCUUAUCAGAAGACAGUAGGGUGGCUGCAGUUGGACUGUGCAAUUUCGAUACGAAGCACCUUCUUAACGUAGUUGAGAGCGGCAUCAGGGUACACGCCAACCAGGUUCAGUUUUCCCUUGUUGACUCGCGACCUGUCUUUGAAAUGGGCAGCGCCUGUGAGAAACACGAUAUCAAGCUCUUGACAUAUGGCACAUUGUGUGGUGGCUUUCUUGCCGAUAAAUGGCUUGGAAAGGCCGAGCCAGAUGUAUACGACGGAUCAAUUACACCUAGCCAGAGAAAGUAUUUCGAGAUGAUUCGCAGCUGGGGUGGCUGGGAUCUUUUCCAAGAGCUUCUUGUUGCGCUGAGAAUUAUUGCUACAAAACACCAUGUCGACAUAUCCAACGUCGCAACACGCUGGGUACUAGAUUUUCCCUACGUGGGCGCGGUUAUCGUGGGCGCACGUAUGGGAAUCAGCGAACAUACAGACGAGAACUUGCGAAGCUUUGGAUGGACCCUUGACUCGUCAGACCAGGAUAUGCUGGAAGCUAUUCUGAAGAGAAGUAGAAGAAAAGAUAUCUAUGAACAUAUAGGUGAUUGCGGAGCUGAAUAUCGAUAA